UGGGUCCAGUAAUAUAACUGUUUUCAAAAAAUUGAAAUCUUGUACGUAUUUCAAAACCAAUUGGACAUUCGAAAUAAACAUCAUGCAAUGUAUGAAAUGCUGGGUCGAUGUUAAAGAGUAUAUUAGACUACAUUGUUACCAUGUCUGUUGCUCGAAAUGCUAUGCUAACUUAAAAAAUAGUUUUUACGCAUGUACGAUUUGCCGUGAAUUAGCAAGGCAUUUGUUGGCUCAAUAUGGAAUUCAACUAAAAGAAUCGUCUUCAGAGGAGAGUUCUGAAGUAGGGUCGUCUUCAGAUGAAAAUGAGACUUCUGAAGAAAAGUCAAUAGAAAAAGAAGAUAAAAAUCCAGAUAAUAAUGAAAAAGAAUUACCCCAAGAAGAUGUCAAUCCAGAGAAUAAUGAAAAAGAAUUACCCCAAGAAGAUGUCAAACCAGAGAUUCAUGAAGAAGAAUUGCCCCAAGAACAUAUCAAACCAGAGAUUUAUGAAGAAGAAUUGCCCCAAAAAAAUGUCAAACAAGAGAUUCAUGAAGAAGAAUUACCCCAAGAACAUAUCAAACAAGAUAUUUAUGAAGAAGAAUUAUUCCAAAUAAUUAUCAAACCAGAGAUUUAUAAAGAAGAAUUAUACCAAGAUGAUUUUGAAUCGAUAAUGUACAAGUCUUCUUUAAAAAAAGAAAAACAGAAGCAUUUGAUUGCAAACAACGAUAAAAUGACUUUUAGAGAUGAGAUAAAGACUGAAGUUGAAGAAAUAAUUUAUGAAAAUUUGCCUUCGACCUCUAAUUAUAAUAGAAGUUGUCUAAAUACAAACACUCCGCAACAAAUAUCACACAUUGGCGAGUGGAAUACCACUUCAAGAACAAAUGGAAAAUCACAUACUCCAGGUUAUCCAAAACCAUGCACUUCUCAAGAUGUUAAUUUGGUCAAUCGAUACCUGGAAUCUUCACGUCAACCAAAUACUGUCUCAGGUUCUGCAGAGGUUGCAUGUCUAAAAAGCAAAAAAGUUGCUCAACUUCCUAGAAUAAAUAUGGAUCAGAAUCGUGAAUCAAAAAAAUGGGAUAGGGCUGAUGGUUAUCCAAAACCAAGCACUUCUCAAGAUGUUAAUUUGUUCAAUCGAUACCUGGAAUCUCCACGUCAACCAAAUAAUGUCUCAGGUUCUGCAAAUGGUCCAUGUCUAAAAAGUUAUCCAAAAUCUCAACGUCAACCAAAUAAUGUCUCAGAUUCUGCAGAGGGUGCAUGUCUAGAAAGCAAAAAAGUGGCUCAACUUCCUAGAAUAAAUAUGGAUCAGAAUCGUGAACCAAAAAAAUGGGAUAGGGCUGAUGGUUAUCCAAAACCAAGCACUUCUCAAGAUGUUAAUUUGUUCAAUCGAUAUCUGGAAUCUCCACGUCAACCAAAUAAUGUCUCAGGUUCUUCACUUGGUCCAUAUCUAAAAAGCAAAGAAGCUGCUCAACUUCCUAGAAUAAAUAUGGAUCAGAAUCGUGAACCAAAAAAAUGGGAUAGGGCUGAUGGUUAUCCAAAACCAAGCACUUCUCAAGAUGUUAAUUUGUUCAAUCGAUACCUGGAAUCUUCACGUCAACCAAAUAAUGUCCCAUGUUCUUCACUUGGUCCAUGUUUAAAAAGCAAAGAAGCUGCUCAACUUCCUAGAAUAAAUAUGGAUCAGAAUCGUGAACCAAAAAAAUGGGAUAGGGCUGAUGGUUAUCCAAAAUCUCAACGUCAACCAAAUAAUGUCUCAGAUUCUGCAGAGGGUGCAUGUCUAAAAAAAAAAGAAGUUGCUCAACUUCCUACAACAAAUAUUGACCAGAAUCGUGAAUCAAAAAAAUGGAAUAGGGCUGAUGGUUAUCCAAAACCAAGCACUUCUCAAGAUGUUAAUUUGUUCAAUCGAUAUCUGGAAUCUCCACGUCAACCAAAUAAUGUCUCAGGUUCUUCACUUGGUCCAUAUCUAAAAAGCAAAGAAGCUGCUCAACUUCCUAGAAUAAAUAUGGAUCAGAAUCGUGAACCAAAAAAAUGGGAUAGGGCUGAUGGUUAUCCAAAACCAAGCACUUCUCAAGAUGUUAAUUUGUUCAAUCGAUACCUGGAAUCUUCACGUCAACCAAAUAAUGUCCCAUGUUCUUCACUUGGUCCAUGUUUAAAAAGCAAAGAAGCUGCUCAACUUCCUAGAAUAAAUAUGGAUCAGAAUCGUGAACCAAAAAAAUGGGAUAGGGCUGAUGGUUAUCCAAAAUCUCAACGUCAACCAAAUAAUGUCUCAGAUUCUGCAGAGGGUGCAUGUCUAAAAAAAAAAGAAGUUGCUCAACUUCCUACAACAAAUAUUGACCAGAAUCGUGAAUCAAAAAAAUGGAAUAGGGCUGAUGGUUAUCCAAAAUCUCCACGUCAACCAAAUAAUGUCUCAGGCUCUGCAGAGGGUGCAUAUCUAAAAAGCAAAGAAGCUGCUCAACUUCCUACAACAAAUAUCGAUCAGAAUCGUGAAUCAAAAAAUUGUAAUAGGGCUUUUGGUAAUAUGGCUAAUCGUAAUACGGUUUAUACUACUCCAGCUGAUUUUACGACUAUUUAUAAUUAUAUGGCUGCUCAUAUUAAGGAGAUUCGUAAUAAGGCUGUUAAUAGUAGGGUUACUAGUAAUACCAUUGAUGAUAAUACGGCUAGUCAUAAUACGGAUAAUAAUAAUAUGGCUGAUCGUUAUACUGCUAAUGGUGAUAAGGCUGAUUAUAAUACUGCUAAUCGUAAUACAGCUGAUAAUAGUAUAGCUGAUCGUAAUACGGCUGAUCGUAAUACGGCUGUUAAGCGUCGUUAUCCAUAUAUAAGACCCAGACGACGUACAACUUAUAUAAUACCAAAGAAAAGGAAAUUAGACGAUAAACGUCCUAAAUUGUAACAAUUUAGUGACUUUUAUAGUUAUUGAUGUAUCCUAGUAACCUUCCUAUUUUGGCAAGACCACAUAAGGAAGCACCUGAUAAGUGCUACAUAACCUUGCCUACCAUGGUUGCUACUAUGGAUUGCAAUAGAUGAAUAAAGAUCAUAUUUUGGAAUUCUUGUAGGCAGUACUUUUACAUAUAAGGUUUGUCUUAUUUAAAUGGGUCGGACUGACUGAUCAAAAGUAUCGAUCCAGAGGUGAUUGCAAUUUAAAAAAAGUUUAAGGAUAGUUGACAAAGUAUGGAGUACUUACAGUAGCUACUUUUGGUGUUAGUAGAUCAGUGAGAUAAAAUGUACUGUUGAAAUAUGGAAGGGAUAGGAUACUUCAGUUAAUAAAAAAUUCAGUGAUAUUUGUUGUUUCUCGUAGACAAAUGAUUGUGUUGUAUUGAUGUUUGAUAAGUUUGUCUACGAGCUGAUUUAUUUAUUUCAAUUUCUUCAUUUUUUAUGCCUUUAUUUAUUUGUUAGUUCGAUUUAUCUGUUAAAAUUUGUAAUAGAUUAUUGUUACUGAUAUUUUGUUCAUA